AUGAGCUCUCAAGACGAACCACCUAUCAAGAGGCGUGAGUCUCGAUCAGGGACGAGGAAAGUCUCAACGCUGUCACCGGAACAACUAGAGCGAAAGCGUGCCAACGAUCGAGAGGCUCAGCGGUCCAUUCGCCAACGCACCAAGGGGCAUAUAGAACAGCUUGAGGCUCAGGUAUCCGCGCUCCAGUCACAGAUUGCCAAGAUGCGGGCCCAAAACGAGCGGUUCGAUGAAGUCGUGCAACACAAUGCUUUUCUGGAAAAUGAAGUGAUCCGAUUGAAGCAUCAAGUUGCUUCUUUGACUGGCCGACCGGAGUUUGCAUCAAAUAACGACCCGAUGGCUCCUUUUCGAGGUGAGUGGUCUUUGGAACAGGCCUCGAAUAGUGCAUUACCCGGAAUCCCAACAACGGGGGCAUUGCUACCGCCACACUUCAGUGCAACAUCCCACACUCAAAGACCAUCGGACCUUUCAGCACCGCGUCGGGCGUCUCAUCAACAUGACUGGCAACAACAAUAUCCGUCCACAAGAUCGCCGUCGCUCGCAGCCUCCGAUCCGGAAUUCCCCAGUCGUAUGGAACCGUACCCGAUAGAUGGUCGAAUGCAUCAGAGACAACCAAUCUGCCCGCCCCAGCAACAAUCCGGACCUUCGUUCUCCCAAUUCGCUUACAGCAACCGGUCACUUUCCAUGUCGAGUGCCAGUCCCGUUCCUCAGCCAACUCCCGCCCGAGUCUACCAACCAUCCACAUCAACGUACCCGCAGCCAAUGCCUCCAUCGCAACAGACGGAUCCGACAUACGAGUAUCCAUGGGUGCCUCCCUCAUGA